GCCGGUUGGAUCACUUGGAUGGAAACCCUAACUUUAAUUUCAUUCUUGAAAAUGAAAACAAAGAGAAAUGCUAAUUUGUCUUCGUUGUUCACUAAAAUGAGUUGGAAGAGACUACGGACAGCAAUCUCUACUCCCAUUUCGCCCAUUUUUGCGGCGGAGGCAGGUACGGUUUCUUCUGAGCCCUCACUGCGUGCUUUUCAUUCUCGCCCACAAACAGUUUCUUCGAAUCAAUCCAAAUUCAAAAAAAGCUCUAAUGAUUUAGACGAUGCCCUAAAGUUACUCCGUCAAAUGGCUCAUAUCAGCCCCUUGCCUUCUGUUAUUGAGUUCAACAAACUGCUUUGUAGAAUUGUGAAAUUGAAGCAUUAUUCGGCAGUUGUUUCCCUCUUUCAAGAAAUGCGCAUUAAGGGCAUCCCAAUCGAUGUGUAUACCAUUAACAUUCUGGUGGAUGUGUACUGCCGCUCUAGUCGAGUAGAUUGCGGGUUUUGUGUACUUGGUGUGGUCUUCAAGUGUGGAUUAGAGUUUAAUGUGGUAACAUUCAACACUCUGAUCAAGGGUCUCUUUCUGGAUAAUAAGAUUGUUGAGGCUGUAGGGCUAUUCAAGAAGUUGGUGAGGGAAAAUAUGUGCAAAGUUGAUCAAAUUACUUAUGGUACUGUUAUAGAUGGGCUUUGCAAGUCGGGCCAUACACAAAAUGCUCUUGAUUUACUUAUAGUAAUGCAAGAAGAGGGACCUAAGCCUGAUACUAUAGCCUAUAGCACUGUAAUUGAUUCUCUAUGCAAAGACAGAAUGGUUGAUCAGGCUCUUGGCCUUCUCUCUGAGAUGAUUGAAAGAGGUGUUCCCCCGAAUAUCUUCACAUACACUUCACUGAUUCAAGGCCUUUGCAAUUUUAGCCGAUGGAAAGAGGUUAUGAAGUUAAUGAAUGAGAUGGUGCUACAUAAUGUAUAUCCAGAUGUGUAUAUUUUCAGUAUAUUAGUGGAUGCCCUCUGUAAGGAGGGGAUGUUGGAAAGUGCGGAAACUAUCAUUCAGAUCAUGAUUCAAAGGAACACUUAUCCUAAUGUCGUCACAUACAACCAUCUUAUUGAGGGGUACUGUUUGCAAGGACGGAUGGAUGAAGCGAGGAAAGCUUUUGGUCGGGUGGUAGAAAGUGGCCUUCAACCUAAUGUUUGGGCCUAUAGCACAUUAAUUAAUGGAUACUGUAAAAUAAAAGAAAUGGAUGAAGCGAGGAAAGUUUUUGGUCAGAUGGUUGAAAGUGGCCUUCAACCUGAUGUUUGGACCUAUAACACAUUAAUUAAUGGAUACUGUAAAAUAAAAGAAAUGGAUGAGGCCAUGCAUCUGUUUUGUGAAAUUCCUCAAAAAGGGUUUCAUCCUAAUGUUGUUACGUAUAACACAAUGUUGCAGGGGUUCUUUCUGGUGGGUAGAUGUUCUGCUGCACUAGAACUUUUUCAGGAGAUGCUGGUUGCUGGACAUAAACCAGAUUCUUGCACUUCAUGUGUCUUACUUGGUGGUUUGUGUGAUAAUGGACUUGUUGAACAGGCGAUGUCAGUCUAUCAUCAGUUAGAUAGAAACGGAAAUGGUUCUCAUGUUUAUGAUACUCUCAUAAUUGAUAAGGUCUGCAAGAUAGGACGGCUUAAUAUUGCACGCGAUGUAUUCAAUGACCUCAUCUCUAAAGGGCGACGCCUAAAUGUGAAGACGUACACUGUAAUGAUAAAUGGGCUCUGUCGAGGAGGAUUUUUAGAUGAAGCCUUAGAGUUAUUAAGGAAAAUGGAGAAGAAUGAUUGCUUACCAGAUACUGUGACUUAUAAUGUUAUUUUGCAAGAAUUUGUUAGAGAGAAAAAAUGCCACGAGGCAAAUCUACUUUUGGAUGAAAUGGUUGGUAAGGGUAUUUCUCUAGAUCGCUGCACAUUUUUCUUCUUAAACGACUUACUUGCACUUAAAACUGGAGAUGAGACUGUACUAAAGGUGAUACAGAAAUUUGCUGCAAAUCAUGUAAAGUAACUACAUAUUUGAAAUCUUUUAGCUUCUCUGCUUGUUCAUGCAUUGCUACUUUUGGAGGAACGUUUUCAGGGAUUUCAUUAGUACCUACUAGGGUGGACAUCCAACUGACUGUACCAUGAAGUUUGUGUUCUAUCUUCGUGUUCACUAAUGUGUUUUGAAUAUAUGUAUAUAUAUAGUGGCAAUUUUUUCCCUUUCAUUUCCUUUUGUCGGAAAAAUAGUAUCCCUGCAAACUGGGAGGAGCUGCAGUGUUACUUUGAUCCUAAAAAACCAGUGUAAAAUUCUUCAAAGAUGUAUAUGUGUAUACAUAUUGCCAUACAGAUUCAGUUACAUCUCUAGGAAGGGAUUUGAAACAUUCUUAGAUAGGCUAAAGCUUUGCAUCUUGGAUUUUGGGCUCACAAUUCAGGGUAAUAAAUCUGAAGAAUUGCCAGAGCAGAUGUUAUGUUGUGUGAGACUGAAUUAAAUUGAUUAUGUAAAUUAUCAGCAGCUAGG